AUGGCGGUAGCGACGAUUUUGUUCCUCCUCGGAGCAACGACAGCGCUGAAAUACGAUCCGGUACUUCCUUUCCAUGGCAAUGGCUUCACCGUCAGCAGGAUACCGCUUCCAAAGAACCCGCAACCAAUGUCGGAUUUGAAGGUUGCGGAGCACGUUGUACCCUUGAAAAGAGGCAAUGCGAAGUCACUGAGUUCGACAUAUGUUCAAGCCAUGAGAGGCCGGAAACUUGCAGAUGCGGGUGGUGGUAGGCUAGGGACUGGUCAGGCGCAGCUGACGUCUGUCGAAGCCGGGCAGGUGUUCCUUGCGCCUGUGACGGUCGGUGGACAGGAGUUCGAAGUGGUGGUCGACACUGGCAGCAGUGACCCUUGGCUCGUGGUUCCAACCUUUGAGUGCUACGAUCCCUACACUGGCGACCCACGAGAUCAAGGGGAAUGCUACUUCGGGCCAGCAUACAAUCCGUCUUUGUCGAGCAACUAUCAACGCGUACCGAACGAGAACUUCAACAUUACCCUGGGUGGGAUCACUGUACCACGGCAGAAGUUUGGUACAGUCGACUAUGCUGCGUGGUUCGGUGAUGGCUACUCGUCUGGACUCAUUGGCUUCGCAUAUGGCACUCUCACGUCUGCCUACCAAGGCGAAGACCCGACUCAAGACCGUCGAGGGGGCACACUCCUCUACAAUCCUCUGUUCGUCAACAUGUACAACCAGUCACUCAUUGCACCCAUCUUUGCUCUUGCAAUCGACCGAGACCCAAACAACGGCGGCCUGCUUGCUUUGGGUGGUAUUCCGGAUAUCCCGCAUUCGCCAUACUGGGUCAGCACACCCAUCGAAAGCGUCGGCUUCUUCAUCGGCACCAGAACGCCAGCGUACGAGUUCUAUACUAUUGAGUCUGACGGCUUCGCUUUCUCUGCCUUCGACAGUGCGCAAUUCGACGUCCAAGGAACCAACAACCCCAGAAAGACACCAAUCAUCGAAGCAGGCAGCGUCAUAAUCGAUUCAGGAACUUCGCUCGUCUACGCACCGCCUGCCGUUGCUGAAGGCGUCAACCUAGCUUUCGAUCCGCCAGGCCGGUUCGAUGAGGAUUAUGGCGCAUGGUACGUCGACUGCAACGCCCAGCCGCCCGUCUUUGGCGUGAGCGUGGAGAAGAAGAUCUUCUACGUCAAUGGAGCAGACAUGAUCAUACCGAGCGCGCAGGAUGUGUGUAUCAGCGGCGUGCAGUCCAACAACGGGGGCUUGACGAUCUUGGGAGAUGUUUGGAUGAAGAACGUCAUCUCGGUUUUUGAUAUAGGGGCGGAAAUGAUGCGAUUUGCGGCGAGGGAGUAUUAUACCAUGGACGAGGCGCCGGUGCCGGUGACGACGUAA